AUGGCCGCUCCCUUUUCAGGACAGGGAAAGCAUCAGAGAAAGAUCACUGUCAUACAAGUAUUGGAGCAACUUGAAGCUGAUGAUAGUGACUUUGGCCCUGAAUUGGACAGCGAUAGCGAUUCUGAUGAAUUGUUUCAACCGCAUGAAAGUGAUGGUAGUGAAUCUUCUGCCCAAGACAGUGACUCGUCCAAUGACUCGUCCAGUGAUGAAGAUGUGCCGUUUGCCGAGACUGCUAGCCCACAGAUGGAGCCAAAUCGUGCCGCAAAAACGUACAGUUGGCGAAAGAAAGGCUUUGAGUUGCCUGAUGUGAACUUUCAAGGUGAACAGGUUGAGUCGUACCAGGAUGCCACGACAGACACGCCACUGGUUUACUUUCGACGCUUUGUUUCCCUUGAUAUGUUGGAAAAUAUUGUUGAGCAUACCAAUCAAUACAGUGUUCAAAAGCAUGGGAAAUGUGUAAAGGAGAUAGAACAAGUUCUAGGAAUGUAUUUUAGGAUGGGAUUAGUUCAAAUGUCUGGAGUACGUCAGUACUGGGAAAGUGAAGUUCGUUAUGGGCCUGUGGCAGACGUAAUGAGUCGCAACCGAUUCAACCUGCUACUCUCUGUCAUCCACUUUGUAGACAACGAAAUGGCCAGUGAAGAAGUAAAAAAGGAUCGACUUUGGAAACUGAGACCAUUUUUGGAUUCUUUUCGGAGACAAUGUCUGACUAUAACUCCUCGCCAAAAACAGUCCAUCGAUGAGAUGAUGGUGCCGUACAAAGGGAAAUGUGGUUGCAUAAGGCAGUACAUCAAAGGGAAGCCACAUCCGUGGGGAUUCAAAGUGUGGACGCGCUGCUGUGUCACUGGCCUCCUGCACGACUUUGACAUAUAUCAGGGAAAAGGUGGUGGCAAUGAACAAAAAGGGAAGAGUCAGUUGGGAGUUGGUGGCGACAUUGUGGUGAAGCUAUGCGAAUCGCUUGCAGAGAAAGUACAUUUCCUGAUUUUCGCUGACAAUUUCUUCACUUCGAUGCCCCUCAUUGAGAAAUUAUUGGCAAAGGGAAUCUACUACACAGGAACUGUGCGAAAAAACCGUAUGUCGAAGUGCAACCUGAUAACGGACGAAGACCUGUCCAAGAAAGGCUGUGGAUCCUAUGAUUAUCGAAUCGAGUCCAACACCAACACUGUUUGUUUGAAAUAG